AGCAAAUAAGCAACCAGAGGGUCAUUGAAAUGCAAAACAAGAGCUGAGAAAAAUACAUCCCAAAUAGAUUUGGCACCAAGAACGAUGACAAAAGUUGCAUUUACAACAGAUGUCAGAGGCGUCGUUAGCGAUGAUGACGAUGAGGACUACGAGAACGAUGAUUUUGAGGAGGAGCCCGCCAAGAUACCCAACCACGAUGAGGUGCUUUUUGCCUUUGAGAGCAUCACGAAUGAGGCUCGGAACAUGAAGUUGAACUUGGGCAAGAGAGAAAAUCGGGAGAGCUUCUUACAAAAGUAUGGGCAAUUUCUCUCAAAAUCAACAAAAGACUCAAACCAGACACUCCUUCAUAUGAUUGCAAACACAGUGGGACACAAAUCGUUGACUCGGUGUGUAAUCAAGUUCGACAAGACCUUGCUGUACCGCGUGGACGAUUCAAGCAAGACUCCUCUGCAUACCGCUAUCGCCAAAAAGAACCAUGCGUUCAUCGAAGUGGUCCUGGAUGAGAAGAAAGCGAUUGAUGACCUUGAUUCACUGCUCCGCAUUACUUGUGAGCACAGGAGGAACUGCAUACAUACAGCCAUCUAUCACAACCUUCAGCACCAGUAUACCAUAAAGUUGAUUAAACGAGCAUCCGAAGAGACACUUCGCGCCCCAGAUCAAAGCGGCUUGACACCCUUGCACCUGGCAGUCGACUACAAAUAUGCAUCAGAAGCACAAUUGAGGAUUGUUGAGGCGCUUCUUGCUCACGGAGACAGCGCCUUGGAUAAGUAUACCAAAGAACCUCAAAACCUAUCCGUCUAUGAAUACCAAGACCAUACACAGCGUCUCUGGCGGAAACAAUUCGAGGUACCAGCUUCCGCUCGUAUUGGGGAGAGAAAGCAAGUUGAAUCCAGGGAGGACCAAGGUCAAGAGGGUGAACACGCUGGAUCCAGGCCCAAAGGAGGGUUGGAGCAUGUUAGUGGGAGAAGUCGCAUCUCUCAACAGCCAGGCAAAGACAGCCACGGAGGGCUACAUCGAGGGCCUGAUAAUCUUCAUGCACGAGGAUCAGAACAGACAGAUGUAUCCUCUUCAAGCCACACUUCAAACGCAAAUGGACUCCAUGGAGCUGAGAACGGAAGAACGCCGGGAGAGGCACCCGAAGGUUUCAAGCCUAUACAGAGAAGACAAACGGGUAUGGAGAACGUUGAAAAGCAGGCCCAGGAAGAGAAGCGCAAGAGCGAAUACGCAGAGAAGAUCCGCCAGGCAGUCAAGCUGCAUUACCUCCGGACUACUCUGACGAUCAAUUCGAAGCCUGCCAGCAGAGACCAGCUCAAAGCUGUGAAGUUUCUUCAUGGCGCGAAUCUCAAUAACAUUAACUUAUGCUUCGACUACUCGGAGGCACCACCCGAGAUCUACGAGGAUUCUUUCAAACAGAGUUAUGACCAUAUCAACUUUGACCAAGUUCUACGCUAUGUUUCGUUCCGAAGAAUAGAGCUUCAGAAACCUCCUGUAUCAGCUGUAAAAGCAAGGCUAACUAGGAAUCGGACGCAGACGUCAAAUAAAGGACGCGGUAGGGAUGAUCUCACUGUUUUCUUCAACUGGCUCAAGGGGAAGGGGGUCAAACACAUCCUUAAGGUGAUGGUGGAUGACCUGAAAGAUCCAUCACAUAGCGACAAGGCACUCGAGGAUUGUCUUCGACCUUUUGAGGUGGAGAUCCUUGACUGGACCAAGGUUGACUUGUGUCCAGAGACAAUCCUGACUGCUUGUCGGAAUGUGAGACAGCUCUAUUUGCGAUGGAGUGGUAACAGGGCCAUUUUGAGAGCUUGGAGUGAGCCUGAAGGGCUGGCGAAGCUAGAAAAGCUAGAGGCGGUACAUCUGGUAUACAGUGAAGAGCAGGCAUUGGAGUCAGCCGAUCGCAUCACUAUGUACGCAAAUGAUUUCGAGGAGCGGUUGAACGAAUCAGCAGCAGCAAACCCGAAAAGGACUCUUUCAAAUGACGAAGACGAUACGGGGGGAGGAAGACGUAUACUCGUCUUUAGAUGCAAAGCAGAUGUCCCAGGAAGUGAGCGCAUCGUCCGAGAAGGAGCAUUUGCAAAAGCUCAAAGCGGCAUCAAUGAGAUGAGUCUACAGUCCAACAGAUGGCUGAACUGUAUGGACAAGUUUGCAGAUGAAUUACAAAACACGUGCUCCGAGUUUGUCAAACCUCAAAAUGGCAUCAAGGUCGCUCUGAUCGACGAUGGAGCUGAUCCCUAUGUUGAGUCACUUCGGGGUAAGAUCUGGGGAGGAGAAACGUUCAGCAGAGGUUUCCCGCACGAGAAUGGACCAAGCCCUUACUAUAGGUCUACGAAGGGCCAUGGAACUGUUAUGGCGGAUAUGAUUUGCAGGGUAUGUCCGAUGGCGAGGCUUUAUGUGUAUAAGCUUGAGACGCAGACAAGUCUCAACUUGGCGACACAGACCCAUGGGAAGGAAUACAUCGCUGCUGAAAGCGCGGCUCUGGCUGUAAGGGCAGCGAUAGAUCAGAAGGUGGACAUCAUCUCAAUGUCCUGGACGGUCAAAGAAACGGUCGAGAAUCGCGAUGGCGUCAAUACUUUCCGCCAAGCUAUCAAGGAUGCCCUUGACGCCGGUAUCCUCCUCUUCUGCGCCGCCGCCGACACCGGGGCCAUCGCAGAAGUCGAAUAUCCAUGGUCUUUCGACCAGCGGCGCAUCUUCCGCAUCGGCGCAGCCACUGCAGACGGCCGCGUAUGGGGUCCAACAGGCAACCCGCAGAGCCUAAGUUUUAUCUUACCUGGCCACAAGGUAGUAUCGCGAAAUCCACACCGAGAGGGGGCGUUACCAGAUGACUUUGAAGAACGCACAGGCUCAUCUGUGGCUACGGCUUUGGCAGCUGGUCUAGCAGCACUUAUAUUACACUGCGUCAACCUUGCUGUUGUUUAUGGUAAGGAACAUCCGUCCACUACGGCUGUUAGCGCCGAGGAUCUGGAGCGGCUUGCGAAUCACGAUGAUAUGUAUAAUGUACUUCGUGGUAUUGGGCUGGAUGAGGGGCAGCAGCGGUUUAUUGAGGUUUGGCGACGGUUUGAUCGCCCAGCGAAGGAACUGAAAGAGCCGAUGAGCGACAAGAUGGAUGCACUUGGGAUUGUGGCUAGACUGGCUCGAGAUCUUGUUCCUAGUGGGAGUAGCUAGUCUUGCACCAGGCUAUGGGCAGCCAUUAAAUGUGUCAUAGUAAGUGCAGGUCGGAAAGAUUAGGCAGCGGUUGCUGUUCAGGUUGUAGAAAGUUGCAACUGAUGGUAUACAUCUUCCGCUAAAGUUCGAGGGAGAAGCCAUUAUCAAACAACAAAGCAUCGCCUCUGACAACCCAAACGGUCGCCUUAUCCAAUAAAUUUGAAACCUGUUGCCUCUUUUUGAUAUGACUGAUACAAAUGUCUGCUUGCAAAGAUCAAACCCAAGUCGUACCCCACAUUCCACUUGCAUACUUAUGCGUCCGGAUCUUGCGUCUCCCAUCAGGUAACACUUCCACAUACUCAUUCAAUCCCGGUCUAUAUCCAAGCUCCUUUUGUUUCUGCUUAGCAAUCUUAUCAGCUUCCUUCUCUGUAGUAGUCGGUGGCCGAGUUGGCAAUGGCAGCCCUGAUCUGCGAGCGUCCUCAACUGCAAGGUAGAAGCCUAGGUCAUCUUGAAUCUGAAGUAGACUCUCGGCAGAUAACGAAGAGAUUUGCUUCUGCAUGGUAGUCAAGCUCGUAGAAGAGGAUGCUGUUGCUGAAGGUUUUGUGUAGACAAAUUCUGGGAUAUCAUCGCGAAUGCGCUCGCAGGUCCAGCAAUGGCAGUGCUCCUGUAUGGGCGAUGGGUCGUCCAUAUCGAAAAGAAUCUUCGCAUCUCGUUUGAGGUCCUGGCCCUGCGUUGGUUCCGACUGUAUGCCUCCAAUCUCUUUCAGGAAGGCCUUGUAUUGUCUUGGAAACAGGCGGUGCGUCCUCCAGAAAAGCCUAACGCCGAAGGACUGAUGACAAAGCAUCUCCUCUUCCACUGCAUUGGGCUCCCUCAAGUGAAAGUCGAGGUACUCCAAGCCCGCUCGGAUCAGGGACCCUUGUAAGGCAGGUGAACGUAUCCACAGAAGCUUAUGGGACUCCUCCAUGAUAUCUUCAUGCCUCUUGACUUCGCUAAAUAAAUCCGUCUCAAUACGCACUUUGCCGGUGUCGGCAUAUGCCGGGGGACUCUGGAUAUACUCAAGAAUGUCGCAUGGUUGAGAGGUGAUAUUAGUGAACAACUUCUGUGCAGAUCGAGGGAGUACAAGCUGCAUCUUGUCCAUAUCGAAGACAUCGCGAAUGGCAGGCCAAGGGAAGCAAAUACUUUUCAAGCGCGUGGCAUUGGCACCCUGUGCGUCGCAGGCAGCAUCAUAAGCCUCUGAGUUCAGCAUAAGUGCGUACCAGACGAGUAGGAUAUCCAACGGUGGCAGAUAGUCCUUUGUGAGCUGAAGAGCAGCACGGCUGCCGCCAUGAUGCGAGUAGGCAUUCGCGUGGUUCAGUAAUAGUUCGAUGCCAGACCACCAGGUAGUAAAUCGAGUAACGGCGAGCUUUAUGAGAAGAUCCCAUUUUUGGGAUGCGGGAAGUUGCGUAGGCUCUGAAGGCGACGCUGGCACUGGACUCUUGGUUUCGUCAUAUGAAGGUGGUUGGAUGACCUCGACGUCAAGCGCCUUUGCGCCAGCCCUCAGGUUGCGAAAACAUUCAAGAAGAGCCAGAUGUACGGCAGCAUGGCUCGCGUCGGGGUAUGCCAAUAGAGUCUCAAUACUUUGUGCUUCGGUUUCGCAGGGAAUAGAAAAAACAUUUGAGAAGACUCUUGGGUCAGGAAUGAUUGUCUGUUUACCGUCUGGCUGAGCAGGUUUGUAUGACGAUGGCAAUGUCCAGGUGUGAGGAUCCAGAUUGACCGCUUGGUCCACGACCUUUGCGCCGCUGCGAAAGUUCUUGAACAGGGGCAUCGAAAAACCGUUGACCACUCAAAGUUGAAGCAGUGGCGAGUAGGAACCAGUAGAAGAUUGAGCAGAGUCG